UUAGCCGUUCGCUUACUGUUGCAGACUUUUUCUUUGACUUGGACCAACCUUGGCGGGUAAAGCCCGCAUAAAGCUGCUUUUGGAAUCGUCUUCUUCAAUUUCUGGCACAAGACUAACGACCUUCUUCUUUGCUUCUUAUACGCCAAACUCACAUAUAUUCUUCUGAUCAUCUUUGGUCCUUUGUUCCCUUUCUUGGAUUCUUCAAAACAGCGAGUCAUCUUUGGAGUUGUCUCCAGGCUUUUUGAUUGUUCGCCAGGAUAUCAAGUAUAGCAGCACUCUUGGCUCUAAUCAGUUCUGAGCUUUCGAGGGUAUAUAAUAUAUAGAUACAAUUUUAUCCCUUAUCUGAGAGAUGGAAAGCCGCUUAGAUCGCCAAGACUCUGAUGUUGUGUUUCAGAGACAUCUUCCGAGCUGUAUGUGGAGGAUGUUUCAGAUUCUUGAUUAUCACCAUUGGCACAGUGUCAAAAAGUUGUCUCCUCGCAUAAAACAUCGGAGAGGGAAACAUGCCAUAUGCUUCAGAAACCCAAAACCUUUUUCUUUUGAGAAUUAUAGGGAUGAAGUGCAAAGCUAUUUGGAUGCUGAUGCUGUCCCCUUACUGGACAAACAGCAAAUAACAGAGGGUACACAAACUGAUAGGAUUUCUGGCAAAGCCCACAUAAAAGCGUUGAUUGCUAAAGAAGCGUCCGCAAGAUCAGAGUUGCAGAGAACUCAUUCAAUCCAUCAUUUAAGUAGCGAAUGGAAAAAUCCAAUCAUAAUUCUCCACAAGAGUGCUGCUGCUGCCUCCUCAGGAUUGCAGAUUCAGUCUCUACCAAAAAGCCCCAAGGAAAAAGUUACAUGCAGUGAAAAGUAUAAUCUGUCUGACACCAUGAACGAUCAGGGUUGCUUAAAACAGCACUCACUCUCUGUGAAGCAAGAAUUUUCUGCAGAGAAGGAUGAUAAAUUAGUAAAUGCAUCAUUAAACCAGAACCUUUCAGAUGCUAAACAGCUAGUUAGAGGAAUUUCAAGUCGCCAAUUUAUGGAAGGUGUAGAUGUUCUGGAGUUGUUUAAGGUAAACAAGAAGUUGUUCCUGGAAAUCCUACAGGAUCCUGAAGCACAAGCUGCCAAAGACUUCCAUGUUCAGCUGAAAUCCCAUAAAAAAGUAAGGUUAAAGAAAUCAGUUUCAUUUCCUUUAGCUGAUUCCCAAAGCACUAGAUUUUUGAGGCCUAGUACACUUGAACACAAGCAGAAAGAAAUUUGGUCCUUCCCGAAAGAAGAAAAAUUUCCUGAUGAGAGUGAAGUCCCAAAGUUUGUUGUGUCCAAUUCUUCAGAGGAUUCUCAUGACAAGUCAUUGUGUUUUAAGUCUUAUGAUAGUGGAGUCUUUGCUGUUACUCAGGAAACAGACUCUUCUUCUUCUGUAUUGUCUGGGGGAUCCAGUAAACAAGGGUGGCAGCGAUCAUUUAUGCUUCAUUUGAAAGAUGUUAUGAAGAGAAUAAAGCAUACGCUCAAAGAGAGCAAAAAAGAGGAUAAACAGAAAUCAAUGGAUACCAUACUCCAUGGUGAAUUGUCCUCUGAUGAGAAAGAUAAUCCUGUGAGGUUGGAGGAUACAACUCAUCUAGAUGGUAAAGAAAACUUCAGAAGUUGUCAUGAAAAUAAUGGUUCUGAUAAUGAUCUCAGCAAGGGGCGACUCCCUCACAUAAGAAGAAUAUCCUCUCUAAAUGAAUCGUUAGAUAGGUAUGCUCGGUUGUCUGAGUUCAGUAUAACCAAAGAGGCCAAGUGGCACGACUAUCAAUCUAAGAGCUUAAAAUUGACAAAUGAAGAUAAGUUUCCAUCAACUGGGUACAGUUUUAAAUCCGCCAGAAGGAGACUUUCCCUGCCUGAUCUCCAGACUUUCUGUCCUUUGUCAAAUGAGACAUCACAUGAUUCGCUUCAUUCAGGAAUGCCAAUGAAGACUUCUAUUGACUAUGAUACAAAUGAGAAGAAUGAUUGUAAUAACUUGAAGUCCGUAAGCAUUCGUAUAGAUAGAAAACAAUUUGAACCACCAGAAACUGUUGAAGAGGCUGAACUUAAGAAAAACAUGGUAGAGAAACCUAACAGCUGCGAGCAUGAUGAGAAUUCAGUUGAGCCAAUAGUAGGCAUUGAAGUGGAAAUUUCCAACACUGGAGAGCAGUACGAGGACAUAGUUGAGCCAGAAAUGCCGAAGCCUAGUCCUUGCCAAGAUCAGGAGAUAGGUCCCACGUUAAUCUUCAGCGAGGAUCAUGAAAAACAAACUCCUACUUCAGUUCCUGAGAAGCAUGUUCAAGAUGAAAUAACUGGCCAAGCUGAAUUUCUAGUCUCAAAAGGUUGUGAGUUGGACUCUAGGCUUGCUUGUAUUGAUGAGCCGGAUACUUCUGUCAAUCUACAAGACAGACCUGAGAAGGAUGAAACUGGUCAUUCCCUUCACUUUGAAUCAAGUGAAUUAGAUGAUAUUGAUUUCAAUUAUGUGAGAGAUGUUCUUGAAGUAUCUGGCUUCAUUGACCAAGGGUGUCUUGAGAACUGGCAUUCACUAGACCAGCCAUUAAGUCCCACAUUGUUCAAGGAACUGGAGGCUUAUUUACACCAUGAAUCGGAAUACUCUUCAGAGGAUGUCGGAGGCGAUUGUGAUCACCAGCUUCUGUUUGAUUUGAUCAAUGAGGUGCUACUCCAGAUGUACAAGAGCUGGUUAGCCUACUUCCCAAAGUCCGCCUUCGUUCAACGUGUUCGUCCAUUACCAAAGGGAAACCAUACUCUUGAUGAAGUCUGGAAAAGAAUAAGCUGGUAUAGGAGCCCAAGAUUAAACACACAGAACUCAUUAGAUGAUAUUGUGGAUAAAGACUUGGCGAAAGAUGAUAGUUGGAUGAACAUUCAAUUGGAUGUUGAGGACAUAGCACUUGAUCUUGAAGAUUUGAUUUUUGAUGAACUUGUAGAUGAACUUAUGCAUUCAUGAACCAGGUAUGCAGCUACCUUCAUAAUGAAUUCUUGUCUAUCUGCUUACAUGUGAGCCUUGUACAUGAAAUUUUGUUUCUUUACGAAUAAUUCUUUCUUUUCAAGGAAAAUAUUGGUUCCUUGAUUGCCACAAAGGCAGGGGAUAAGAAUUUCUACUACAGGUUUUAAAGUUUUUUUUUUUUUUUCUGAAUGUAAAAUUUAGGAAAAAAUAGGAAUAUCUUGCUUCAUGCAGGCGUUGUUCAAUUUAACGUAUAGGCUUGUAUAGCUUUGUGGAAUUGAUUGAAACGACUCUUUUAUGUAUUAUAGCAUGGUUGGUAGAGCU